AUGGGUUUUAUUGACGAGGAAGAGAGCCAGUACCUCCAGGACGUCGAAGCCGUCAAACAGUGGUGGACGGACUCCAGAUGGCGCUACACCAAGCGGCCAUUCACGGCCGAGCAGAUCGUGCAGAAACGAGGCACUAUCAAGAUCCAAUACCCUAGCAAUGACCAGGCAAAGAAACUAUGGAAACUCGUUGAGAACCGUUUUGCUACAAAAACCGCCUCUGCCACAUACGGCUGCCUCGAACCCACCAUGCUGACCCAGAUGAACAAAUAUCUCGACACAGUGUACGUCUCGGGCUGGCAAUCCUCAUCCACAGCAUCAUCGACCGAUGAGCCGUCCCCCGAUUUGGCGGAUUACCCCAUGAACACGGUGCCGAAUAAGGUCCAGCACCUGUUCAUGGCCCAGCUGUUCCACGACCGCAAGCAGAGAGAAGAGCGUCUGACGACCCCCAGGGAGAAGAGAGGAUCUGUCGCGAACGUGGACUACCUCCGACCAAUCGUUGCAGACGCAGACACCGGCCACGGCGGCCUGACCGCAGUCAUGAAACUGACCAAGCUGUUCGUCGAGAAGGGAGCCGCUGGCAUCCAUAUUGAAGACCAGGCUCCAGGCACCAAGAAGUGUGGCCACAUGGCCGGCAAGGUGCUCGUCCCCAUCUCUGAACACAUCAACCGUCUCGUUGCCAUCCGUGCCCAGGCCGACAUUAUGGGUGUCGAUCUCCUCGCAAUUGCACGAACAGAUUCCGAAGCCGCCACGCUGAUCAGCUCCAACAUCGACCACCGAGACCACGGCUUCAUUCUGGGCUCGACCAACGCCAACUUGCAACCUCUCAACGACCUGAUGGUCGCGGCCGAACGGUCUGGCAAAGCCGGUGACGAGUUGCAGGCGAUUGAGGACCGGUGGAUAACGGAGGCUGGCCUGAAGCUGUUCGAGGAUGCAGUCAUCGACGCAAUCAACGCUGGCGUGCACGUCAACAAGGCCGGUCUGAUCGCCAAGUACAAGCAGGCCGCCGUCGGAAAGUCCAACAGCGAGGCCCGCGCCAUCGCCAAGGGCCUCACCGGUGUUGAUAUCUAUUGGGACUGGGACGCCCCUCGUACCCGCGAAGGCUUCUACCGCUACCAGGGCGGCUGCCCCAGCGCCAUCAACCGCGCUGUUGCCUAUGCCCCAUACUCUGACCUCAUCUGGAUGGAGAGCAAGCUCCCUGAUUACGAGCAGGCCAAGGAGUUCGCGGAUGGCGUCCACGCCGUGUGGCCCGAGCAAAAACUCGCAUACAACCUCUCACCAUCCUUCAACUGGAAAGCCGCAAUGGCGGCCAAGGACCAAGAAACAUACAUCCAACGUCUUGCGGAGCUGGGCUACUGCUGGCAGUUCAUCACGCUGGCGGGCCUACACUCGACGGCGCUGAUCUCAGACCAAUUCGCGAAGUCGUUCGCCCAGCGUGGCAUGCGCGCCUACGGCGAGCUGAUCCAGGAGCCCGAGAUGGAGGGUAAGAUCGACGUCGUCACGCACCAGAAGUGGAGUGGAGCCAACUAUGUGGAUAAUCUGCUCAAGAUGGUCACUGGUGGUGUCUCGAGUACCAGCGCGAUGGGCAAGGGUGUUACCGAGGAUCAGUUUCAUUGA